AUGUUGUCAGCUUUCGGAGAAAUCGAUCGACCAAAAGAAUGUGAUUCAUCAAAAUUAGAAUCAUUACUUCCAAUUGAAUAUAGAACUAAAUCUAAUAAAUUAGUAUCUGUUCACUCAUUAAAUACUUUGCUACAACAAUUCAAAGAUGAAUCAAAAUUAAUAUCUUAUUUACAAUCUUUAUUAAAUAAAGAAAUUGAAGCUGGAAAUACUUAUCCGCAAAAAUUUCAACUUAAUUUGUCUGAAUUCAAGAAUUAUUUCUUAUCAGGAGAUGUUUUCAUUGUUAUUAAUGGUGGAAAAACAGUAUCAAUCGAUUUAUGUAAUAACUUAGAAGAAAAUAUAUUAGGAACAUUUUAUAUUAAACCAAACUUUCCUGGUCGAUGUUCCCAUAUUUGUAAUGGGGGUUUUAUUACAUCGGUUCCUCAUCGAAAUCGAGGCAUCGGUAAAGUUAUGGGAUUAGCCUUCAUUGAAAUUGCUCCAUUAUUAGGUUAUAAAGCGUCAAUGUUCAAUGUAGUGUUUGCAAAUAACUUACCUAGUGUUCGUCUUUGGAGAUCAUUAGGAUUUAAAGAAAUUGGAAGAAUUUCAAAUGCUGGUUAUCUUAUUAAGCACAAAGAAACCGCAGAACAAAAAAAUUCAGAAGUAGAAGAAGAGUUUGUAGAUGCUAUUAUGUUCUAUUAUAGUUUUGUUUGA